AUGACACGCACAGACCCGCCUGACAUACUGGUAUCGACUGUGUAUAAAGAUAUAAAAGUGUUCCCUGUUUCUUCGCACUCCAAGUCCUCCCAACCCCCCGAACAAUGUGAUUCCCCAAACCGAAGCACACUGGACAACAAUCAGGAUAACAAGAGGCACUGCCGUACCUUUGACUACAAGUCACUGGAGUACCCCAAACACCACACAUUCUCAAUGGAGCACCCUUACAGGAGGGCUGACAGGCAUGCUGCUAAUCCAGACGUGGCCUGGAAUGCCUUGGGCCGCCAGCAGGGAUACCGCUUUUCUGCACCGGACAUUUUCAACCACAGACUGACCCCUCAGCCAUUGGUCUCAGACAUGGCUAGUGAGGUGGUUGUUCCAGUGCAAAGGAAAAGGACCAGGUCAAAAAGUGCCCCCAGAGUCCAAACUAACCUUACCCCUGUGUCCUUUGAGGAGUCCCCUUCCAUGGGGAGGAGGGGUAGGGAGGCCCGGAGGGCACCUAGGGAUCCUAACUGGAGACCAGAGGUGUCACCACGUAGGGAGUGCUCUUACGCAGCAACCAGGGCACUAAUGCAUGAGGUGCAUCCCAUCAAGCUCCAGCCACAGAGGAGUGAUGCUAGCCGAUAUUCACCCCUCUAUGUUGCUGACCAUGUAGAAGAGGGAGGGCAGGACAAGCCAGCCACCAGCCCUCACGUCAGGUGUCGGGUGGACAUCAAACCAGAUGUGGCUGUCUUGCAAAAUGCUGGACGGAAGCCUGCUACACCCAGAGUUGACAUACCUUGGCAGAGGUACCCUAGUGGAGGAAGCAGGAGCCUGACAGUACCUCGCCAUUUCACCUUCUCAAGGACCUCAACUCCCACUGACUCUUUUGGUGGUGAGUAUGGGCAGGCAUACCAGUAUUCCCGCAGCAUGCCAAAUAGUUACAUUCAGCCCAUGGAGAUGCCUCUGCAAAGAAUGCCUUCCCCAGGUGAUUACUAUGGCAGGGAACGCAGGGCUCAUUCCAGCCCCAAUGUGCCAACAAAAUUAUUUUAUGCAGAUGACCCUGGGAGGUAUGUGGCCACAGCCCCUCCCCAACCAAGGACUUACUAUCAGGAUGAUCGCUAUAGUAUGCCAAGCCAAAACCUCACUCCCAAAAUGCAGUAUGUACAGGAUCCAAGGACCCGCGUGGUGCAUACUGUACCAGCCCGAUCCUAUUACACAGAGGUAGAGCCUUACCCAUACCCAGUUCAAGCUGCAUAUCCGAAAGCCUAUGCAGCAAGUGAACCAGGGCCAUAUAUCAUUCAGACCCCGCCUGCAAGAACAUUCUAUGGAGAUGAUCUAAGGACUUAUCAAAUUCAGUCUGUUCCUCCGCGGAUAUAUUACGCAAAUGAAAUGUAUACACCUUCACAGGAGCAUCACAUUCCAGCAAGGGCAUAUUAUACAGAGGGGCGUCGACAUGCGCGAGUCGUCCAGCCUCAACCAGAUGACUGGUACGGCUCUGAGGUGUCUGGUUAUUCCACCCAUCACCCUGCCUCGUAUGGCUCUCAGGUCACCCCGACCAGAGCUGUUAGGCAAGAGCCAGCGCUAACACCAUGGUAUGCUAACCCAUGCAUUGAGCCGCCACGAAUUGGCACCGAUUCCAAACCUUACUCGAGGUCUUGGGAUAAUAUCCUCAACUCCCGUGUGGAGAGGGAGCAGCCUAUUCCAGUUCAGCGGGGUCGGAGUUAUGAGAAUCUUAUUGCCCAAGCAAAGCGCACUGUGUCCGAAGAUGACAGACCACAGCCAGUAGUUGUCAACCUUUCCAGUUCACCGAGACGUUAUGCAGCCUUGUCUUUGUCUGAUAACUCUCUAAUUGACAAAAGCCCAACAUCAGAGUCAGGGAAGACCACCUCUAGUAAGCUCUGGUUCGUCGCCCCUGAGAUCACCAUCACUGAUAAUGACAUUCGACCAGGCAACCUUAACAAAUUCGAGGCACGAAGAGCCAGCUGGGAUGUGCUGCACUCUAAAAGUGCUGUGGUUCCAGAAGCUUCUCAGCCAGACACUAUGUCCUGCUCUGUGGAUUCUACCAAAGAAAAGACGCACAACAGCGCCUCUCUACAGCAAAGCCUGGAGCAACUUGAUGAGCUUCUAGCUGAUCUUGUUACUGACUACAAACCCCCUGCCACUAGGAGGCCAAGCGAGGAUUUGCUGGACCAACUCAAGAAGCUGAUCGAUGAAGAAGAAGCAGCAUCUCUGUCCAGAAAGGGUUCAAAGGCAGGGUCAGAGGAACCACCCCUGGACAAGCAACCCACCUCUAUAAGAAUGAACCCUGACGCCCUUCGAGAUAUGGACUGCAGCAGUGAUGCCCUGAGGAGUGCAGACGAGUGCUCCCCAGACCAGAGCCCAGACGAGGACGACAGCAUGAUGUGCUCAAACAACAAAUGCCGACGGACAGAGACCCUGUUCAAUGCUUGCCUCUACUUCAAAUCCUGCCACAGCUGCUACACUUACUACUGCUCCCGCAACUGCCGCAGGGAGGACUGGGACAUUCACAAAGAGAGUUGCCUGUAUGGCCGAAUCGGCAGCGUGUGCCGCCAUAUCAUCAAGCACUGCCGGGAGACUGUCGAGGUCCACAAAGCCUUCUCGCGCAUUGCCAAAGUUGGCUUCCUUUCCCGGGGAAGGGGAGUGCUCUUCCUGGGAUUCCCAAACCCAGGGUUGUCCGGUAACUUCCUACAGUACGGCCUGGAGAGCCUCCAGAUGUCCCCGACUUAUUUGUCUCUACGGGAGCUGGAAGGCUUCAAGGACAACCUGGGGGAGUAUUGCAAGGAGCUCCAGGAGGCAGGCAAGGACUAUGACCCAAACGAAUGUUUCCUCUUGAAUGUAUCCAUUGCCGUCGGCGAACAAAUGCCUGACGGACCUUCACCAAGGAAUCAAGCCCCAACUGUCAGGAAAUAUGCCAAGGUGGCGCUCGCUUCCUACAGCCCGGAGAAGAGUAAGGUUCACAAGAAAGAGAGGGAUAUGGAGACAUUGAUCCUCACGCCACCCCCUGGAAUGGCUGACAUCGACAAUGAGGGAGAGGAGGGCAGGAAGGCCAGGGAGAUCUGCUUCAUCAACAUCCAGCGGGAGCUGCGAAUUCGAGGAGUUUUUCUACGCCACGAAUAUCCAAAGGUAUACCAGCAGCUCUGCGAGUUUGUGGAAAGUAACAGGAGGUUCACCCCCACAACCAUCUACCCCAUUGACAAGAGGACUGGUAAGCAGUUCAUGUGCAUGAUCAUGGCUGCUUCUGAGCCCAGAACACUGGACUGGGUAGGCACCCCCCAUCUCCUCGAUGACAUUAUUUAAGUGCACCUUUGGUUGUACAUAUAUAUGUAUAGAAAUACAUAUAUAUUGUUAUACAUAUCUAUAUAUCAAGCCUAUUUAUUAUAAAUGUUUGUAGAUAUGUAUUUUACUAUUGAAAAGAGAUAUAUUCAUGUCUGUGUGGUCAGUAUUAUUCAUUCUUGGAAUAUUGCCUGUCAGAUGCGGAUAUGAGUACAAUAGGCUCCAUUAUUUAUUUAUUUUCAUCUUUGAACUUAAUUCACCAUUUAGUAAAUGUAUUCACAACAUUAAUCAUUUAUUGGUGCCAGGUCAGUUUCUAUUCCAUUAUUCUGCAUUAUUUUUUGGGGGUAGGAUUUUUGGUAGUAAAACUUUUUUUUGUAUUAAUUAAACAUUUCUAAAUGCAUUAUUUGAGGCUGAGUAAAAAGUGACUAAGUAAAACAUGACUAUUUUUCAUAUCUGAUUGAAGUGGCAUAUAAUGCAGAACAUUUUAAAACAUGUAUUAUUUUCUUAGCUCAAAUACUUUCUAUGCAAAGGAACAUGCUUAAUGGGAUCAUUUCCACAUUCUAGUAAAAUUGUUAUUUGCGCUUGAUAAAAGGAUACAGAAAUACUAUUUAUAUUAU